CGACGUUACUCCAGCGUCGCGCCCCUUUCUACCCGCUGCGGGAGUCGCAAUGGCUGGCGUGCUGAAAAAGACUACUGGGCUUGUGGGGCUCGCUGUCUCCGAAGCUCCACAUGAUCGCUUGAGGAUACUGUAUACAAAAAUUCUUGCCGCUCUGCAAAACAUUCCCAGAGAUGCUGCCUACAGGACCUAUACAGAGAAAAUUGUAAAUGAGAGAUUUAAUAUGGUAAAAACAGAGCCUGAUGUGGGAAAACUAGAAAAUAAAUUAAAUUCUGGACAGUUAGAAGAAGUGAUUUUGCAGGCUGAAAGUGAGCUCUCUCUAGCCCGGAAAAUGGUGCAGUGGCGACCAUGGGAGCCUUUAGUUGAAGAACCUCCUGCUGAUCAGUGGAAGUGGCCAAUCUAGUCUGCACUGUUUCCAAUUUCUGGAAUAGAAAAAUACUUCACUAAGUGUAUGCUGCGUGUGGAUGAAAAAUAUAUUUAAUUUAAAUA